AUGAUUUGGCUAAUAUUCUUCGCCGAGGGCUCUAUCUGGGCAUCAUGGUUUAUUCAAGAGAUGUUACAGGGGAAUCUUCAACUCUUUUGGGUCAUUAAUACUAGGCAGAAGCACUCAUGGCUGGUAAAAAAGCUCCUCGAGUUUCGCCCUUUAGUCUUUUCGUGGUUCAGACAACGGGUAGGCAAUGGCGAAACCUGCUACUUCUGGUCAGGGAACUGGUCUCCGUUUGGGAAACUUUCGGAUUUUCUUGAGACCUCGGGCUCUUUGAGAUAUCCGAUUCCAAAGGAGGCGACGCUAGCUGAACUCUGGGAGAAUGGCGCAUGGAUACUCCCAAAUGCCCGCUCAGAUAAACAGGUUGAGGUCAUUUCCUAUCUCUCUACCUUGGCACUAAAUGAUAGCGUUGACACUCUUGAAUGGAGGCCUGGAAAUCACCCUCAUAUGCGCUUCUCUACGGGAGAUAUUUAUGACCUACUAAAGCCUAACUUACCAAGGGUCCCUUGGUAUAAAGAAGUCUGGUUCUCAGGGGGGAUCCCGAAGCACAAGUUCUUGACUUGGUUGAUGAUCAGAAACAGAUGUCCUACAAGAGAUAGACUGCUCACUUAG